AUGUAAUUGCCCACUCGUAUCAUUGAUGGUCUUUAUCUUGGAGAUUAGGGUGCAGCCCAUGUAAAUGUGAUCUAAAACAUGAGGAUCUUGAAUUCUUGAUGAUUAACAAGAUAACCAAGAUAAUUAAUUGUGCUGCCAAAAAUAUUCCUAAUCAUUGGGAAUCCAUUGGCAUAGAAUAUUUGUCUUAUUAGUGGUUAGAAAGUGAAACACAAUUUGCAUUUGAUUAUUUCCGAUGUUUCACCUUUAUAAAUGAUACAAUUGAAGCAGGAGAAGCUGUUUUAGUCCAUUCUAUUAGAGCAUUGAAUCGCUCAGUUUUUGUGGUUGUUUUAUUUUUAAUGCGCAAGUAUACACUCUAAAUCAUACUCCUAGAUUUAAAUGGACAUUAUAAAAGACUUUACAAUACAUACAUAAUCUCAAAAAUGAUUUUGAAAUUAAAUCUAAUGUAUUUCAAUAGCUACUCAAUUAUGAAAAAUGGCUACAAGUAUCCAAACUCAGUAAUAAUUGGGAUUUUGCACAUAAUGAUGAUGAAACAUUAGCAAGAAACACAUAUCUUAAUAGUUAGAGGAAUUAUUCUAAUGAACCUAAGAGAAAAAAAGAUAUUAAUCUUAAAAAAGUUUAAUGGAAUAAAAGUUUAGUUUCUUAAUUUAUUCCACCUUAUUAAUAGAUGUAUUUAUUUUGAACUAUUUUAUGUUAGUGAAUUCAAGAAGUUCAGUACACCAUAGCCUAAAAUGUAAUAUUCAUAAAUGCCUAUCAAACUUAAGAUUCAACCUUCUGAUAAUAAUUGGAUCAAUAAGAAAUUCACUUUGAAUUAAAUUGUUGAUGAAUAAUUAUAAAGAAAAUUGAAUCUAUUUAGUAUUAAAUCAGAUCGUCAACCAAUUAAACCACUUUCAAGACCAGGUACAGCACCUUCAAAAAGAUUACUAAAAGGCAAAGUCAUUACAUCAUCUCAUAGACUAUUAGUUAAAUAAUCAUGA